AUGCGGCCGCACACUCCGUCUCUGGAUACCCCCCGCGUAACCACAACCGCGGCGGCCGCGCCCACCUCGCCACCAGAGACGCCCACCACCGGUUCUCCCAAGAUGAACCGCAAAAUGACGAAUGGUCGCCCGCGACGGCGCUCCAAGGGCCAUGGCCACAACGGUCACCCCUCUAAUCUGCGGCCUCUGGGCGGCACCAAAUUCAGCUACACUCGCGGGCCUCGGCCCGAGGAGAUAUCGCCUCGUUCGUCCAACUCCUCCGACGAGGGGUCCGAAUUGUCCGCGAGCCCGCCGCAAUCGCCCCUCUCGGAUAUGCCCAACCUGCAACCCCAGCCGGUAAAGCGGGUUGCCCCGGUCCGGAUCGAUCAAGCAUCGUUCUCCGUCGAGGAAUUGAGCGACGACUGCUCGCUCAGCAGCGACUGGGAUCACUUGGACGUCCUCCGGCCGUACGCGUUUGAGUACGCCGGGUCGGACCGAAGCCAAUCGAAGCCUCGCCCUCCGCCAGAUAUGGACCCGACUGUCAUGGCAGGCAUAGAGAACCUGAACACGUUCGAGGACUCCGACGUCGAUAUCGACCACGACGACGAAUUCACUCGGCAGCUGCAGAAGCGGCGCGAGGAACGCCGCAUCCGGAGGAUGAAGUCGGGCAGCCUCAGCAAGCGGACCGUGAGCGAGCGGGGCAGCGAUUCUGAUAGGGAGGAUGUGCUACCGUAUUACGAGGGGAACGACACCGGCCCUACUACCCGUCGGAUGCGGCGCAAGGUCGGCGACCGCACCAGCAUCCAAUUCGCAGGCCCGCUGCCCGAACGGAUCGAAGAGCUCAAGGAACCGAACAGCGACGACGAGAUCAUCUUGGACGACGCUGAGUUCUUCGCAAGAGAGCUGCCAUACUGGACUUACAUGGAUGUCGACUCCGAAUGA